AUGCUAUUUACCCCCCGCCCCCAACACGGCCCGCCCACAAAGCACCUCUACCACUGUUUCCUCUCAUCCCUCCACAUAUACUCCCCAGUUUCCUCUCAUCCCUCCUCAUAUACUCCCCAGUUUCCUCUCAUCCCUCCACAUAUACUCCCCAGUUUCCUCUCAUCCCUCCACAUAUACUCCCCAGUUUCCUCUCAUCCCUCCACAUAUACUCCCCAGUUUCCUCUCAUCCCUCCACAUAUACUCCCCAGUUUCCUCUCAUCCCUCCACAUAUACUCCCCAGUUUCCUCUCAUCCCUCCACAUAUACUCCCCAGUUUUCUCUCAUCCCUCCACAUAUACUCCCCAGUUUUCUCUCAUCCCUCCACAUAUACUCCCCAGUUUCCUCUCAUCCCUCCUCAUAUACUCCCCAGUUUCCUCUCAUCCCUCCACAUAUACUCCCCAGUUUCCUCUCAUCCCUCCACAUAUACUCCCCAGUUUCCUCUCAUCCCUCCACAUAUACUCCCCAGUUUCCUCUCAUCCCUCCACAUAUACUCCCCAGUUUCCUCUCAUCCCUCCACAUAUACUCCCCAGUUUCCUCUCAUCCCUCCACAUAUACUCCGCAGUUUCCUCUCAUCCCUCCACAUAUACUCCCCAGUUUCCUCUCAUCCCUCCACAUAUACUCCCCAGUUUCCUCUCAUCCCUCCACAUAUACUCCGCAGUUUCCUCUCAUCCCUCCACAUAUACUCCCCAGUUUCCUCUCAUCCCUCUACAUAUACUCCCCAGUUUCCUCUCAUCCCUCCACAUAUACUCCCCAGUUUCCUCUCAUCCCUCCACAUAUACUCCCCAGUUUCCUCUCAUCCCUCCACAUAUACUCCCCAGUUUCCUCUCAUCCCUCCACAUAUACUCCCCAGUUUCCUCUCAUCCCUCCACAUAUACUCCCCAGUUUCCUCUCAUCCCUCCACAUAUACUCCCCAGUUUCCUCUCAUCCCUCCACAUAUACUCCCCAGUUUCCUCUCAUCCCUCUACAUAUACUCCCCAGUUUCCUCUCAUCCCUCUACAUAUACUCCCCAGUUUCCUCUCAUCCCUCCACAUAUACUCCCCAGUUUCCUCUCAUCCCUCCACAUAUACUCCCCAGUUUCCUCUCAUCCCUCUACAUAUACUCCCCAGUUUCCUCUCAUCCCUCCUCAUAUACUCCCCAGUUUCCUCUCAUCCCUCUACAUAUACUCCCCAGUUUCCUCUCAUCCCUCCACAUAUACUCCCCAGUUUCCUCUCAUCCCUCCACAUAUACUCCCCAGUUUCCUCUCAUCCCUCUACAUAUACUCCCCAGUUUCCUCUCAUCCCUCCUCAUAUACUCCCCAGUUUCCUCUCAUCCCUCUACAUAUACUCCCCAGUUUCCUCUCAUCCCUCCACAUAUACUCCCCAGUUUCCUCUCAUCCCUCUACAUAUACUCCCCAGUUUCCUCUCAUCCCUCCACAUAUACUCCCCAGUUUCCUCUCAUCCCUCUACAUAUACUCCCCAGUUUCCUCUCAUCCCUCCUCAUAUACUCCCCAGUUUCCUCUCAUCCCUCUACAUAUACUCCCCAGUUUCCUCUCAUCCCUCCACAUAUACUCCCCAGUUUCCUCUCAUCCCUCUACAUAUACUCCCCAGUUUCCUCUCAUCCCUCCACAUAUACUCCCCAGUUUCCUCUCAUCCCUCUACAUAUACUCCCCAGUUUCCUCUCAUCCCUCCACAUAUACUCCCCAGUUUCCUCUCAUCCCUCCACAUAUACUCCCCAGUUUCCUCUCAUCCCUCCACAUAUACUCCCCAGUUUCCUCUAA